UAAAUCUAGGUCCGAGUUGGUUUUUCCUUAUAUCCCUGGAAUGGAUCCAUGACCAAGCAUUCCACAAAAUCAAAAUCAAAAUCGAGCAAGAUCCCCAUCACCAUUUUUCUGUUCUUUUAAUCUAUUUCCCCACACUUUCUCCAGAACGAAGCUGAGGCUUCCUGAUUGUGUGGAUCAAGAUCGAAGAGAAAUCCAGCAGCAUGGGGUUCUUCAUCACGAGCUUGAUUUUCGUUGUGGUUGGGAUCAUUGCGUCUCUCUGUACCAGAAUUUGCUGCAACAGAGGACCCUCUACUAAUUUGUUCCAUCUAACAUUGGUUAUUACAGCCACAGUCUGCUGUUGGAUGAUGUGGGCUAUUGUAUAUAUUGCACAAAUGAAACCCCUCAUAGUCCCCAUUCUAAGUGAAGGAGAAUGAGGUGCUGUUUGGAGAAAAGCAUAUAUUCCUUCAUUGGUUAGGUGCCGUUUGAAUUAUGGAUUCUCUAUUGAGAACAACAAAUUUUACGUCCAAUGGAUUAUUUUUAGGAAUUGUAUGUAUUGUUGGAGUGUGGAGUUUGAGUUUGCUUGGUAUUAUUGGUCUACGUUACCUUCUAUUAAGUGUUGUAUUAACCGCUCAUUCGUUUUAGAAAUCACUGUCACUGAAAGAGUACUAAAUGUGAUUUAAAUGAAAUAAGUGGCAGAUUAGAAUAUGCUUCUUUUAUA